CGUCAAUAGUUAUUAACCUUCAUUUAUAGCCUUUGUGAUAUCAAUACAAUUAGCAAUUUGGUUAACAAAAUUACGGACAACAAUUAUUAUGGCUAAAUUUAGAUUAAUCCUGUUCAAAUAAUAUCGUUUAAUUAUCUCAUCGUCUGUACCAGCAAACGAUCAAGAAAAGUUUUAUCUUUGAAUUAGCAGUUGAAAUAAAUUCAUUGUUUCUCCACCAUGAAUAGGCUUAAAUUACUUUCAAUUUUUCCUAUCAUUCUAUUACCUCUUGCUAAUUGUAAACUUAUCAAUGAAUAUUACAUCCGAACGUUUCCUGAAGACAUAUCAAUUAACUUUCCCGAAGGUCGAGUCUUGAGUUGCCUUUCAAACUGUCCAGAUAAGGGCUGCAAUUGUUUCAGGAUAUCGAAAGAUACCAGCGAUACAAAUUGUGAAUAUGAAAUAGCUGAUGUGUCAAACAAUGACAAAUUCAUUUACUAUGCUCUGGAUAGAUAUAACUCAACUUUCACCGGAGGUAAAAAUUUGGUCGAUCCAAAUAAGAUAACCAAAAGUGCUGGAACAAGUGAGACUGAAAGUGCAACUACAACCCAUCCAUGGAUUCAAUUUGAUUUGACAAAAGAAUACGUCAUUACUGGAAUACAGAUUCGAUCAAAUAAAGAAUGGGCUCUCAGUGAGAUCAGAGUUGGUAAACAGUCAAUUACUGAAGCAUUUAAUACGCAACCUUUUGAAGGUAAUCCAUUAUGUGCAAAGAAAGAGUUGAGUAAACGCAAUUUCAAUGGCAAUGAUUUGAUUCCUUGUAAACCGUGCCCACUAGCUGGACGUUAUGUGGUUAUUCAAAAGCAUCCUUCUCGAAAUGAUUACCAAUUAUCAUCAGAUGCCAUUCAAAUAUUUGGAUUUUAAACUUGCUCAUCAUUGAAAUAGCAUAGAUUGGAUAAUAAGCACAGAUGGAAAUGGUUUUAUUUACCAGAAUAACAUGAAUUACUCAAGAAUGAAAACACUGGAACACAAAUUAAUGGGAAACAGCAAAAUGUUACAAAAGACAAAGGCUAAUGCUAAAAAUAAGCUGACCUCUGCGAUUUUGCUUGUCACCUUCAAGUAGCUGUAAAUUUAGCAAAUUUCAAGAUUAAAUUAAAGCAUUUAAUUUAUCUUUUUUAUUGAA